AGCACAACAUACAUUUAUUUGCCGCCAUGAACGCCUGGCUGGUUCGGGCAUUUACACUGCUUGGUUUUGCGGCUCCCCUUGGCGUAAUUAUCCUGCUUCACGAGGACUUGAGCCUCCAAGCUGCCUUUGUGGCGCUGUGCUGCGGUAUUGGCCUUGCUGCUGGUGUGGAGUCUUGCUGUAAGGCACAAGCCCCGGAGACUCUGCUGCCACAGGCGAACUUCAACGCAUGCCGCUUCAAGGAGGAUCUCGGCCUCGACUACGAUGAGCGCACUUUGCUCAACGACCACGUUACGGAAUACAAGUAUUUGGCCCUUUUGCUCUUCUUGAUACGUUUUGCGGUGAACAUCAAGGCACUGUUACGGAACACACUGGCGGUUUGCACAGAGGAGCUUCCGGUGACCGUGGGGAGUGUCGCCCGUGUCUUGGAAGCAGGGAUCUUCUUGGAGCACUUUUGCAAGCUGCCCUGUGAGCUCCUCAGCUGCUUGCGUGGUGCCAGCCCGUGCAACAGUAUCAGCACGGUCAAAACCUUGGCCGGUUUCUCUUCCAUGAGAUUUCUCAGGUUUCUGAACAAACGUCACAUUCUCGGCGCCUUGCGAAAGAUUGCCGCUGACCCGAACAUCUUCAAAGGUUGCUACUUGGUGAUCAUCGGCCUGCUGUAUAGCCUCGUCCUGGCUGGCUUCGGCCUGGCAGUGCUUUUGAGCAAGCUGCGGGGCCUUGAUGUGCAGGCAAUGGAAGCUGCCGGAGUUGAGGGACUCUUCCAGGAGGCCUUCCAAGCGCUUCAGCUGGGGUUUGGCGCCUUCAUGGGCACGAAGCUCAUGCAGCUGGUGGGGUUCACCAACCAGGUGGCUUCUGCCAUGGCCAUCCAAGAGGAGGAGCUGCAGAGGAUGCUGAGCUUCCUUUUGGGCGAUCGCGAUGGCCUCAAAGCCAAGCACUUCAUGGAUCAAGUCAUGCUGAACUUCAUGAAGCUGCCCCGGUGGCGCAGCCGCCUUGUGGCCAUGAUUACCUUUGACGCAGGCGGCUUGCAGAGACUGGUCCGAGCGCGGCCGCAAUCUUGAGGGCCCAGCCAACGUUGCUGGCCACAUGCGUAAAGAGCUAUUUGGAGCUCUUGCGGCCGAAGGCAGUGGAAGACUCGACGUGUUUCA